UCAUUUCUUAUCACUUCGUUAUAUAUUCUUUGAUUUUGUUUUGUUCAUGUGAAUAUAAUAAUUAAAUAAUAGAUAUAUAUGGUUCUCUUAGGAUGAACUUCAAUUUUAUUAUUAAAUACUAGUUAGAUUUUAAAUCGUAUUUUGGAUAGUCGAAAAUACAUCAUUUUAUACAAGUAUUGUUAAUUUUAGAACUUUCUUUUUACCAGCCACAAUGCAUAGAAAUUUACCACAAAAUAAAGAAGCUUUACUAAAAUCUUACACAACAAGACUCAAAGAAGACGUUAAAAGUAUGCUGGAAAAUUUUGAAGAAAUAAUAAGACUAGCCAAAGGAGAACGAGGAGAGAAUGAAUCUCAGUUAAACAGAAUGACCCAAAUAGAACAGGACACUUUAGAAAUGCAAGUCAGAGCUGCUAAUAUUGUAAGAGCUGGGGAAUCCCUCAUGAAACUAGUAUCAGAUAUCAAACAAUAUCUGAUAUUAAAUGACUUCCCCUCAGUCAAUGAAGCAAUCACACAGAAUUCUAAACUAUUUCGUACCAAACAACAGGAAUGUGAUCAAAAACUUAUGUCUCUGCGAGAUGAUAUUGCAGCAGACCUUUAUGAUUUAGAAGAUGAAUAUUUUACUAGUAUCUAUAAAUAAAUUUAAUUUUUAGAUAGUGUUAUGAUGUAAAUAAAUUAUAAUUUAAGUGAAA